GUGUAUCCAAUUACAUAGUGCCCUCUUGAUCACUAGUUUAGCCCCUAUCUAUUCCAUUGCCUUUGGAAUAAAAAAUACGAGCGACGCCAGACCAAGCUGUGCCCCUUUAGAUUGUUUGGUGCAUUUGAUUUGACGAACAAAAGGGCGUUACUUUACUUUCCUCCAACCCUGGAAAAUCCUUUUCAAUUAUCCAGAUCAAAGCUACUGCUACUGGGAAAUUGAUUCCUUUUAGUUUCAGCAAUUGAAACUAAUUUUUCGUGGAGGAAGAGGAAAGAAAUGCCAUUCCCUCCAUCAUCAUCGUCAUCAGCAUCUACGUUUCUCCUCGAAAUCGACGAAAACCUAACCCUAAUCCCUGGCCUUCCAAACGACGUCGCAGCCCAUAUCCUUUCCUUCCUCCCAUACUCCCACCACUGCCGCCUCAAGCCCACCUGCAAGCCCUGGUACUUCUUCCUCUCCUCCAAAACCCUCCUCUCCCUUCGCCGUCACAAUCGCCGCCGUUGCAUCUCUAACCUCCUCUGCAUCUUCCCCGAAGAUCCUCACAUCUCCUCCCCUUUCCUCUUCGACCCCGAACAGUUGGCCUGGCGUCCUCUCCCUCCCAUGCCAUGUAACCCUCACGAGUACGGACUCUGCAAUUUCACUUCCAUCUCCCUCGGGCCACACAUCUAUGUCCUCGGUGGGUCCCUCUUCGACACCCGCACCUUCCCUCUCGACCGUCCUUCUCCGUCUUCAUCGGCUUUCCGUUAUAACUUCCUUACUUCCACAUGGGACCGUCUCGCCCCCAUGCUGUCCCCACGCGGGAGCUUCGCCUGUGCUGCAAUUCAUAGUGCCGAUCAAAUCAUCGUCGCCGGGGGUGGGUCCAGGCACACCAUGUUUAGAGCUGCAGGGAGUAGGAUAUGUUCGGUGGAGAGGUACGACGUGGAAAGAGAUGAGUGGGAAGAAUUGGACGGGUUGCCCAGGUUUCGAGCCGGUUGCGUUGGGUUCACAGUUCGAGGAGAUGGGGAAGAGAGGGAGUUUUGGGUGAUGGGAGGGUACGGGGAGUCGAGGACUGUCUCGGGAGUGUUUCCAGUGGAUGAGUAUUACAAGGAUGCUGUGGUGAUGAAGUUGAAGGAAAAUGGGGGUGGGAAGUGGAGGGAAGUUGGGGAUAUGUGGGGGGAAGGGGAGCGGCCUAGGCUUGGGAAAAUCGUUGUGGUGGAGGAUGAGGAAGGGGGUUGCCCUGCUAUUUUCAUGCUUGAUGAUAACGAUAUCCUCAGAUACAACAUGGCUUCAAAUUCUUGGCAAAAUGAGUCCAGUGUACCAAGGAGAGCUCCUUACAAGAGCUCAUUUGGUUUUGUUGUUCUGAAUGGGGAGUUACAUGUAAUGACUAUUGUAAAUGGAAUUGAUUCAACAGAAACUCGACGGUCACGACAGCAGAAGAGGGCAGGGACAUUGUUUAUCCAGAUUUAUCAUCCUAGGAAGAAGACCUGGAGAUGCCUUGUCACAAGGCCACCAUUCCAACAACCAUUGGAUUUCAGCACCACAGUUAUGUGCACAAUUCAAUUGUAGAUGUAAGAAUUUCUCCUGCUUAGAGCAGUUAAUUGUACGUAAUUAGUCUGCCCAUUCAUGUAUGAUGUCUGUUGAUACUUGUGAUAAUCCUCUAUUUGUAUUGUAUAUAGUACAUAUUGAUAAAUAUCGAUUCUCGCUUGUAUGACUUUAUGUAUCUGGUAAUUCUAAAUAGAUGUAAACGCCCAUAUGUCAUUAGAUGCCACAUGGAUAGAAGGAACAAUAGCUUGUGCAAUUGAAUUACUAUAUAUAGUUAUUUUCCUUCUAUCCUGUUCUUGCAUUUUAUUUACUACGUCAGUCGCAUAUUUCCUGGACUUACGAGUGGGUGAAUAAUUUUUGGAUAGUGUUAUUUUUUAGCCUUCUUCAUAGAGAUUGUUUGAAGGGUUCCGGCCUGACUGGUUGUUCAGACUUAUUGAAGAAGGAAAGGAAAAGGAAUGGGCUGUUUCAGAGGAACAAAGUUGACUUUGUCUAACUCCGUAUUUCUGUGUUGGUUUAUUCGUGACACAUUCUUGCUCCUUCCAUUCUUUUCGUUUUAUUUUAUUUUAUUUUUUUCCUAAUACUAGUGUACCAAGUGCCUGACUCCCCAAACCUGUUAGAAAAAAGGAGCAUUGUUUGUAACAUUUGUUUUGCUCUAUAUGCUUGUUUAGUUUCAGUUUUAUAGAAAAUCUAGCAAACGGAGCAAGUGUUUCACUUUUCUGUUGUCUUCAUUUGAGUACUUAUUUUAGGUUGUAUGUAUCUGCUAGAAUCAUGGUCUCUGUGUUGCCCUACUUAUAAUAUAGGGAAUCAACUAUUUAUUGGUGAAAGUGCCAAGUAGAGUUCAUUAGGUUUUGUUCUAGAUGGGAUGUUACUUGCAGAAUUGAUUCAAUAGAAAAUCGACGGUCACAACAGCCACAGUGCCUUGGGGAGAAACAUAUAACAUGUAUGGAUAUCUCCUGUUUUAGGGGCAGUAAAGUUUAUGCAUCAUCGGUUCUCCCAUCAUCUAUGAUGUUUUCUAUGUUGAUUCUUUUCAGUUAUUACCUUUAAAAAUUGCAUAGGAUAUUGAAACUUACCUUUUGCAUGGGUAAGUAUCAGGUUUUUCUAAAUGAAUGUGAAGCCCUAUUUGCGUUGCGUCA